UCGUAACUGUUUCGGUGAUUCUUCGGUGGACAAUGGUUAAAAACACGCAGAAAAAUGACUUUAUUGACCACAAUGAUACCAUACAAAGUGAAAAUUCUAGUUCUUACACAAUCGAGGAACGGAAAUCCAACAUCAAGUUUAAAAUUCAGACUCUUUUCUUUGCAUUCGUAAUCAUUUUAAGCCAAGUUGGUCAGAAGGUCACCUUGCCAUUAUGGAUAGAUUCUGCAGGCCUCAAAGGAGCAAUACGAUACAUAAACAUUUCUUCAUUCAACAGGACAUCAUUCAGCCAGACCAAACCCUUCAUGGAUCAAUAUUUCGUUCUGAUUUUUUCGGGAUUUUCGUUCUCAAUCUUCUUCGGUAUUGCAUUGGUGGGCAAAAGUCUCGUUAACAAUUUUCGUAAAUAUGAUCGCAGGAUUUCGCACAAGAAGAUCUUUUUUGUUGGCUUGUCGUGUGCUGUAAGUGCGAUAUUUAUUGUGUAUGGAUCAAGUGGUACUAGGACUGCUCCGUAUUUACAAGCAAUUUUAAUGAAUGUUUCUAUCCCAUCUACACUACUGUUAAGAUUGUUCCUGUUAAAGAAACGACCAACAAAAAGGAAGCUGGUGUGUGCUGUAGCAACAGUGCUGUCACUAUUUGUUUGUCUUCUGCCGUCAAUCUUUCCUAACAUUGACCCAAGACAUAACAAGAAUAAAGAUGAAGGUGGAGCAAGUGGCCUUGCAGGGAUUCUUUGGCCUUUGUGCUUCAUGCUUGGAUACGUUCUUGCCUCAUUAUCUAACGUCAUGCAAGAAAAUCUUGUUAAAUUCCAACACUCGUUCUCCAAGACCAAGGUGGAUUUAUUAUACCUGAUGUUCAUGAUGACAGUAUUUCAGUUUCUUGUUCUUUUGGUAUCAUUCUGGGUAGAUGCCAUUCCGUUCUUUGGAAACGUUGAUAGCAUUCAAAAGGUUGCUUCAAAUUGUUUGUUUGGUGCAAGAUGUUCCAUUGGGCUCAGUGAAUGUUCAUUCUAUCCUGGCUUAUACGCACUUCUCUUCAUAGUUUCAAAUUGUUCGUAUGUCAUUGUUACGGCCAAUCUUUUGCGAUAUUGUGAAGGAGCUACCUUAUUGGCAAUUAUAUCGGCAGUAGUAACUCCACUUGGUUUUCUGUUCUGGACUCUCUUUAAAGAACAACCAUCCUUCCAUUGGCAUCCAGAAGUGUCUAUUACAGUAUGGCUUAACAUUGCUGGUCUCGUCGUCAUGGUUCCUUCUAUCUAUUUUUAUAAUACUGGUGAGCCUGAAAAAGCUGCAGCAUCUACAGACAGAUUAUCAGAAACAAGCCCUUUACUGCAAGAACCGUUUGAAGGUGGAAAUCAUUAAGACGUCUUGAAUCAUUAAAGAAAACCUUUGACGGUUCAAAAAAAUGGUUAUUGAUGGCGUUCGUAUCAUUAUUUUGAUAGACGCAGUUGAUUCCUUCAUACAGACAUACGAAUUGUUCGUAUUCAUUUUUCAUAUUUUCGACCUUUUUAUGUACCGCUGGCCGGAAUUCAACGAUGUAUGAGCAGCUUCACUCCAUUGUAGUACAGUUUUAUUGUAGGUAAAUAAAUAUAAUAGUGCUUUUUGGAUACAAAGACAGAGAGAGAGACAGAGACAGAGACAGAGAGAGACAGAGAGAGACAGAGAGAGGGAGGAUUGUAAAAUACAGCCAUUUCGUGGCAGAUAAAACUUUUGUAUGCCUCACAUGUUAUUUAUAAUUAAACGUGGCUCAUUAUAUUUGCAUUUCUGUGAAGUAUACCUAUUUAUUAAUAAAACAUUUAUAAUUUUA